UUAAAUAUAUAGCAUUUGUAUGUUGCUUUCUGUCUGAAUCCAUCUCUGUUUAUAAAAACGUGUAAAUUUUUAAUGUUUACAAACAAAAGUUAUAUUGUCGCGGUCGACUGGUUGAUUGCUGGCGUCAGUAAGCGAGUAUGUUCGCGCUACUUCUCCUGGUUCACAAUGCUGCUGGCAAAGACACGCAAAAAGAUGUUCCAACGAUCCAGCCCAUAGUAUCCUGCCCUGACGUCGGUUACUAUUUCAAACGAGAUGUAAACCCUAAUUCCAUAGGCCCAGGACCUUGUAACUUAUGUUUCUGCCAGGAUAAUUCUACUGCUCUCUGUUGGCCAAGAGAUAGCUCCAGAUGUGACCCUAAACGCUAUUCUUAUUAUGGCAAAAGAAAAAGAGAGAAUAGAGAGAAGAGAAGCCCAGCUUUCACCGAUAUAUUUUUUCGUGAUGCUGCGAGGGAAGUUUUUCACAGACAAUCUCCAGAACAAUGUAAGCCAUAUGAGUCCAGUUUUAGUGAAGGAUGUCCACCUGCUGAUUGGUGCAUCGGCUGCACUGUUUGUGAUUGUGAUGCCAACGGACGAUGGGACUGUCAUAUACUGAGUUUCUGUCCAGACAAGAAAGGUAAGCAAGUGUUAAAGAAAAAAAGGCAGUCGCAGAGAAGUAGACGACAGUUAUCAAAAAAGAAACAGAUUGUUAAAACAACAAAAAAACCUUCUAAAAGCUUGACCAAAAAACCAUCUAAGACAAUAAAGAAAUCAAACAAAAAUGUCGUCAAACAAAGCAAAGUUAAAGUAAAUACAAAGCCCCAAUUAAAAAAUUCUAAAAACAAUUAUCAUAAAACCAGUGCUAAUAAGAAAGGAAAUGCUAAGAGAGCAUCUCCAUUAAAAAAAACAAAGAAACCGUUUCAAAACAAAAAAGUCCCUCCCAAAAAGAAAAUCCCAAACAAAAAGAUUCAACAGAGUAAAAAGUCUACGAGCGCCAAAACAAAACCAGUUCCAGUAAAAAAGAGGAACAAUUUUGAUCCAAGUGAGACAGUUAAAUACACAAAAAUGAUUCUUAAUAAGGUGAUGGAUUCUGUUAACAAAGUUGUGAAUGAAACUCAGAAAUCUUUUCAAAAAGACAAGUCACUGAAGAAAAGUUCAUCCUCCAAGCACAAAAAUAACAUGUAUAAUAAAUAUGAAGAUAAUAAUGGCAAAAAAAUAAGCAAAUGGCAUCCAACGAAAAGUAUGCCAUCGAUUAGAAAAGAAAAAAGGGCGAGGCGCAAACGACAUGUGAUUAUUGAACGCGAAAUCCAAAAAGAUAUUAUCUCUACUUCUUCUCCAGUAAUAGAUGAAAUAUUUAUUUCUUCUUCCAAAUUUAAUAUAAAUCAAUCUUUAUCUGUAGCUCCUCUAUCAAAUGACACAUCUAAAAUUAAAUAUUUUGAAUAUAACAUUGAUUCCAAACAUGAUGCGUCUACUAAAAAUAGUAAUAAAUCGGGGGAAAUUACAAUGCUGAGCAAUGGAUUGCAAAUUAAUGUUACUCGCACAGAAAAUACAAGCGUCGUACCUGACAUCAAGCAAACCACAUCAUCCAUUAAAAAAUCGACUUGUAAUCGUUCACAAAACAUGAUAUGGAAUAUAUCGCUAAAUGAAGUGAAUGCUAAUGAAAAUAAAAGUUGUGGUAAAUUGUGUGAGUUACGGAGAGCUUUUAAAACUUUUGUUCUAAACAUCGGAAGAAGAAAUAUGACCAAAACUAAUGAUAACAAAAAAAAUAUUGAUGUUAUGACAUAUUUCAGAAAUUUUUUCAAUAGAUUAUUGCGAAUCAGUAAAACAAAAAAAUCAUCAUUAACUAAAAAACGUCCGAACCGUAAACACAAUAUAAUAAGAAGUUUAUGCAAGAAUUUAAAAUCUUGUAAAUAUAAUCCGAUGGAUAGGAAUUUACAGUCAAAGAUUGAACAGCUCAGACUAGAAAGUAAAAACAUACUAAAGUCCGUAAGAAUAAUAAAGGGUUUAUUGAAACUUAUAGAAAAUGAAGGUAAGAAAAAUAAGAAAUACACUGCUGUUCUGAAAAAUAACGAGAAUAAGGAUAUCGUGAUAUUAAACGCGAUUCUCAAGAAUAAAUACGAUAUCGUGGCUAAUUAUAUAAAUUUAACUGAGACGCAGUUAACUCAAAUCAAUUAUAUAAGAGAUAAUACAAGAGUAUUUAUACAAUCAAUAGAAAAGUUUGCUCAUACUCUAAAUGAUAUCAUCAGUAUACUGACAAAUGAAAACAAAGAAGUAACACGGAAAAGGAAGUUAAGGUGUACCAAAAAGAAUGAUCUGAUUAUUGAUAAAAAUAAUACAGUCGAAGAGAAGAUACAGAAACUUAAAAAAAUGCUUAUCAAUUAUAAUCUAGCACAAAACAGAUUUAUGAAGGGCAUGUUCGAUGUCCUUAAUACGUUAGAACAAAAAGCAAAACCAAAAAAUAGUUACAAGGUGAGUGACAACACAUCAAAAUACAAUGACACUCUCGCUAUCGAUACUUAUGCAAAAAACGUAAUUAAAAAUCUCAGGAAAUUAAAAGAUUUAGCCGAAAAACUGAGUUUUAAAAAUCGACAGAAACGGACGAUCAUCGAUGAUGACGAUGCCAUAGAUUAUUUUUUAAUGUUAAUUGAAUAUUUAUUGAAGCAGAAUCGCCCACUUGAUGUUUCGCCAGGCGAUGGAAUAGAUAUCCUAAUAGAGGCUAUUAAAAAUGCUCCGGAUAUAAAAUCUGUUCACAAGGUAGUUUUUCAUAAUGACACUGUUGAAACAAACGAAAAUGUUAUAGCUACAACAGAGACCCGUUUGGCGGCAACUUUCUAUAACGUAAAUAAAAAUAUGGAAAAAAUUCAUUUCCAACAAGUCAAUGACAGCGUAAAGGAGUUUGAUUCAAUGGACGCAGACGAAGGUUAUGCAGAUAUAUAUGAUAAUAAAACAUAUCAUCAAAAAGAACUUAAAGUAAAUAGAUUUUUCGAUAUUGAAGUUACUGAAAAAGUUAUAGAUACAACAAUGGAACCAAAAGUUUACGUUGCUAAUAAUGAUGAAGAAAAGAUUAAUAUUAUAUUAGAUAGAUAUGAUACUGAUAAAGGUGACGAUAAAAGAGGUUUCGAAGUGUUUACAGAUGAUACGGAUGAAGAAGGUCCAAUAAUUUCGAGCAGUCGAGCUCCAGAAGUUGAAACGGAGAUGGACAUAGAAGCAGUGACGCAUAAAAUGCCAAAGCGUACAACAAUGCCGCCACAAGUGACAGAAACAAGCGAAAAACAUUCCGUACCCGAUGCAAAAUCUGAUAAACAGGCAAAUUUAGAUUGGACGGAAUUGGAGAAUUCAAGUCGCGAAGAAGAAAGAAGAGAUGUUGUUGAAAGGAAGAGAAGCACAACACAAACUCCAACUCAACUGGCGACGCGUACCUUGAAAAAAGCUGCACAUAAAUAUCCCGAACCAACGAGUAGCUCCUCGAGAGAGGACGAAGAGGCUCAAGCGAAAACAGUUAACCCCGAGUAUUUGAUGCGUAAAAAACAAUUAAAUCUUCUUAAUUCAUUAGAUUAUGAAACGGAAAAAUCUGUUAUAGACGCUGAAUCAAAGGAAGACAAAUAUAACUCUGAGGUAUUCUCCUUCAUGUAGAGGAUAAACUGUGAGCAUCAAGGCUAUUAAUUAAAUGUUAUAAUAAAGAAUCUAACUGACAAGCUCGAGAUGUUUGUACCAUGUUAAUUGUUAUUAAAAUGUAUAAUGGAA